UCUAUGUAAACUCGUUAAUGAAACAGGACGUUUCAUGGUAGUCGAUGAAAUGACAGUUACGAUGAAGAAAAUACUCGUUUCAACAGGUUGUUGAUCUAACAUCGGGGACUAUUCCAACGUUAUGGAAUAUUCCAAUAUGUCAACGAGCAGACUAAAUAAUAUGACAAUGGACUUCGUUUUAAACAACACCUUUCAAAAUGACAUACAAAUGCACGAACGGAUAGCUGUUAUUCUACGUCAACAAAAAAUCAACAUGACAGUCGAAGAAUACCUUUCAUCAAUAUCGUCCUUGACCGAUUCGGCGGCGUCUGUGACAACAACGCAUCCCGUCAACAUCCAUUACGUGAGUGAAGGCAUUAGCUGGGGCGUCGUUGCACCGCUCAUUCUGAUUGGUCUGUUUCUGGUCGCCAUAGCUUCCUGUUUGUACUGGCAAUCGUGGAAAGAAAAACGGCGUAUGCGUCACUUCAUUGCCCAACAACGACCGCCUGACAUGAUGCCGAACGAGAGGUCGACCGAAACCGGAAUGUCAAUUAGAUCAAUUGAGUCACAGAUAUCACGUGGUUCUAGCACGUGCGAGAGAGUACCAGUUGUUCCUCUGCGACGUCAGAACUCAAAGUUCUUCUUGCGGUCUGAGGAAGAGACAAGGCCCGUGGCAACGUUGGCAAGAAAGUUGUCACCGAUAGACGAGAGGUCUCACCACAGAUCGGUGGAUACCAUGGUCACAGUGGCAGAGCGAAGUGAUGACGAUGGAGAUGGACCACUGGUUCCAGCUAUACAGGUGAGUUGGGGAACGCCAAAGACCAGCGGCACCGACAGCAGACUCGACGUUCUGAAAGGUUACGAGAAUCCUUGCUUCUCUGCACCGGGGAAAUUGGUUGGAAAUGUGUACUGCGAGGAGUGCAACGCCAUGAGCUCUCCCUAUUUCCCAAACAACAACACCCCGACGACGGAGUACGACGUCGAGUCUGAGAAGAGUGGCAACGUUGCAGGAGCUAUGGAACCUCACGAUGCCGUUUAUCCGUCAAAGGCGUACCACGCUAGACACGCCAUGCCAACGCCUUUCGAUGGAGCCGAAAUAUCAUCUAUCACUGUUCCCGAGAGCAGCCACGCUCAGGUGUUGAAUAAUGCACAGUCGUCAUCAGGUAGUAUGACCUCCAGCGGGACUCUCAGCCUCCCUAGCAGCAUCUCACGUUUCCACGCCAGUCGCCAUAACAACACCCCAAACUACCCUUUUGCCAGUACCCGGAACUGUUCCCCAAUGCGACUCAACUUUACAGUGUCAAGCAGCAUUGAGGUCUCUGACCACUACUCCGACAAUACUUCAAUGUAUCCUUGUGUUGGAAGCAGUACGACUUCCAUCGGAACCCAAGCAGCUUACAGAACCCCCCUUCACUCCAUCAACAGCGACGACUUGAAGAACUACCAUCUCGACCCAAGGUCGAGGUCCGUCAGUGCUCCCGAAACCCGUCGUGCCAGCGUCGAAAUUGUUCCUGGAUAUAAAGCGUACAGCGUUGAAGUAGAUUUGUUCCGGAGCAUCAAUGUCUCUGCUCAAACGUCUUCUGGAGCGCGGUCCCGCCUGUCGGCCUCAGUCUCGUGUUCUGUGGCAGGGGGCGUGGCCCACCACCCCACCCCUGUGUCGGCUGAUGGGGCCCAGUGGGAUACCAAUUCCUCUAUGGGAACGGACAAACAGGUGCUGGAUGAGAACCAGAAUGUUCAUGGUUAUGAUCUGAGUGCUCUGCCUGGACGGAAGGUCAAGUUCACCGUACCUGUCCUUGACAAGAAGCAGUACUGGGUCUGAUUACCGACCUGUUAUGACGUUUGUUAAUCAGUUGGUUCCUGUUUUGUUAAAUUUGAUCUUUAUGCCGUUUACUUUGGUAAGUUUCUCAUGAAGUCUAUUAUGUUAUGUAACCAUGUUGUACUUGACAUUUGAUUUAUUCUUAUAAAGCUAGU